AUGUUUAACUUGUUUAAGAUGGUUAUUCCUUUACUUUGGUGUCGCCCAUUUGCACAUAAACUAGAAAAGGAAAAGGCCGCACUAAUCAUAAGAACAUACGUGUCAUGUCUUGAAGAACAAGGAAGACAACGUUUAAUGGCAGAUGGCAUUAAAUUUCAUGAUUUACCGAAACCAUUUAUCGAUUAUCCAAGAUAUCUUCGAGCGUUCGACUUUGAACAUUUUCGUCAAGCUAUUGAUGAUUCAGUUUCAACUUUAGAAAUUAGCAAUCCAGCAUGUGAUAUAAUAACAACUCUUUGUAGAGAAGUUCUUGGAUAUUGUCUUUGUAAUCGUUCAUCCGGACUUCGAAUUUUAAAAAUUGAUCUAUUAAAUGUUGAACUUUACGGUCCUUUUCUGGAUAUCGCAACGAUACCCGGGAUCGAAAAUAUUUUAUCACAACUUCAAAGAUUUGAAUUACUCUAUCUUUUUGAGACUGAGGAUGAGACGUCGAAAAGACUCUCAUCAUUAUUUACAUUAAUGUCAUCUUGUUCUCAAAAUAUACAUAGCAUUUCUAUAAUUAUUCAUCGAAUGAGAACUCAUCUUCCUUCGUAUUUUAUCGAGUCAUUAGCACAAUUAAUCCAAUCACAAAACAAAUUACGUGCAUUAUCACUUAAUCGAUUUUGGAAUAUGUCAUCAUCAGCAACAAUUUUUACUGCUAUGUUAAAACAAGCAGAAUCAUUAAUUUAUCUUCGUUUCACACCAAAAAAUGAAUAUUAUGAUUUAAUUAACGUUCUAAAAUGUUGUACCAAUUUAGAAACUCUAGAACUAUUGGAUCUUUCGCCAACGAAAGACAGCGAUAUGUCACUUUUAAAUAUACCAAAAAAUAUACUUAACAUUAAAAGACUUUAUU